AUGAACCGUCCAAUCCAGGUGAAGCCGGCAGACAGCGAGAGCAGAGGGGAAGACAGGAAGCUGUUUGUGGGUAUGCUUGGAAAACAGCAGACGGACACAGAUGUGAGAAAGAUGUUUGAGCCUUUCGGCAGCAUAGAAGAGUGCACGGUGCUCCGCGGGCCUGAUGGCACAAGCAAAGGGUGUGCAUUUGUAAAGUUCCAGAGCAACGCAGAGGCCCAGGCCGCCAUCAACGCUCUGCAUGGGAGUCGUACUUUACCAGGCGCCUCGUCCAGUCUGGUAGUGAAGUUUGCCGAUUCGGAGAAGGAGCGAGGGCUCCGGCGGAUGCAGCAGGUGGCCUCUCAGCUGGGAGUCAUCAGUCCUAUGACCCUGCACCUCGGGGCUUACAACGCCUACACACAGGCCCUGAUGCAGCAGCAGGCCCUGGUGGCGCAGUCGGCCUACCUCUCUCCUGUUGCCACGGUGGCAGCGGUUCAGAUGCAGCAGCUCGCCGCCCUCAACCCCAGCAGCAUCAUUGCCACGCCGAUCGCAUCCAUCACCCCCUCCUCAGGUACCAGCACUCCACCCUCCAUGGCAGCCACACCUGUUCCUGCUCUGCCUCCGCCUAUCGCAGUGAACAGCUAUGCCUCUGUGCCAGCUCCGCCCAACGGCCAAUCAGCAACCGAGGCCCUGUACACCAACGGUGCUCAUGCCUAUCAAGCUCAGUCUCCUGUCCUGGACCCCCUGCAGCAAGCUUACACAGGCAUGCAGCACUACACAGCCACCUACCCUGCUGCCUACAGCCUGGUGGGACAGCCGUUCCCCCAUCAGCCCACGCUGGUGGCUCAGCAGCCGCAGCAGCCGCAGCAGCUGCAGCAACGAGAAGGACCCGAGGGCUGUAACAUCUUCAUCUACCACCUGCCACAGGAGUUCACCGACUCCGAGAUACUGCAGAUGUUCCUGCCCUUUGGAAACGUCAUCUCUGCCAAGGUCUUUGUCGACCGUGCUACCAACCAGAGCAAAUGCUUCGGCUUUGUGAGUUUUGACAACCCGUCCAGUGCCCAGACUGCCAUCCAGGCCAUGAAUGGCUUCCAAAUUGGCAUGAAGAGACUGAAGGUGCAGCUGAAGAGGCCCAAGGAUGCCAACAGACCAUACUGA